AUGUUCUGCCUCCGCGCCAGGGCCAUGCCCUCAACCUUCCGGGCCACCACAUCGGCCAUGCGAACUCCAAUGAACAGAUUCGCCCAAGUCCCGCAACAGCUAAGCACACCCUCCACAAUGCUCUCAUCCCGAUCCUUCUCCCUCCUCUCAACCCCAACUCGCUUCCAACCAUCGCGAACACUCGGCGCCCGCCUCUCCUCGCCAAUCACAACCGCAACCGCUUCCGCCUUCUCACCUCUGUCAUCACUCCGCUCCCAGAAGGCACCCUCGCAGUCCCGCUCAUUCUCCGCAAGUGCCUCCCUAGGUGUGCGUCGUGUGACAUUCCGCCCAUCACGACGGGUUCAAAAGCGCCGCCAUGGAUACUUGGCGCGCAAGAAGGACAGGAAUGGCCGCAAGACUCUUAUCCGGAGAACCCUUAAGGGCCGGAAGGAGUUGAGUUGGUAG